AUGAUCAAUCCAACAAUGGCCGUGAACCCUUUACUGACAGCAUCAGGGCAGCAAAGAAUCCCACUGGUUCCCUCACCAUUUGAACCCCCAACCGUGGAUAGAGAUUUAUUGCCUUCCACUGUAGCUCCAACUGACCCAAGACAGUUUUGUGUUCCUUCCCAAUUUGGAUCCUCUGUUCUACCAAAUGCAAAUAUGCCGAACAUGCUGUCCAAUCGCGUCUACUCAGGUUGGGGCAUCUUACCGCCUGAAUCCAUAAAAGCAAUGGCCAGGAGAAAUGAAAUGAUUCAAAGGCAGCAUACUGCCAGGAUGGAAAUGGAAAUGCAUGCCAUUUACCAGCAAAGGAGAAUAGAAAAAGUGAAUCCCAAGGGACUGGCAGGCCUGGGGAUACCAUUCCUCUAUGGCUCCAGUAUCUCAUCUGGCCCAGCCCACUGCCAGCGCAGGACUGUGCUCCCUGCCGGUGACCUGCAUUUGCAGCAACGCUCCCUGAGAAACAUUCAGCGCAACCCCAUGCUGGUGGCAACUAGUCCGCGCUUUCUAGAGAGCUGGGGUCAGAAAUGUCGUCGUCUCAGGAGAGGUGCAGGGAAUCAGAAAGUUCUAGACAGUGAUACUGAGAGUCCCCAAAGUCAAGCAGAAGAAAAAACCCUAGGUCAGACUCAGGCGAUUGCCUCUGAAGAGGAUGAGUAUGCAAAAGACCCAGAAACAGAAGCUCUCAACAAUCAGAUGUCAAGCGAAACCAAUGAAAAGCCAACUACAGCUCUUGCCAACACCUGUGGAGAGCUGGAGCUUACUCACCAAAAGCCCUGGGGAGGAGUUCAUGGUUCUCCCCUGGAAGCAAAGGCCUGGGACAGUGGGAAAGAGAUGGCUUCAGAGCAGGCUUUUGCAGCCUGUGGUGAAAAGAACGCAGUUUACCCUCCAGUUCCUCAACCAUCUCUGCCCGGAACACACACACUGGUUACCACUGGGGGAAAUCUGUCUUUGGACGAAGAUAUUCAGAAAUGGAGCGUGAGUGACGUGCACAACUUUGUCAGUGGUCUUCCGGGUUGUUCCGACUAUGCUCAGGUAUUUAAAGAUCAUGCAAUUGAUGGGGAAACGCUGCCAUUACUCACAGAGGAGCAUCUUCGAAGCACUAUGGGAUUAAAGCUAGGGCCGGCACUGAAGAUCCAAUCCCAGGUAUCUCAGCAGGUGGAAAGUAUGUUCUACAAGAAAAGUUUUUCACUUCCUACCCAUACAAAACAAGCAUUUGAUCAGCCAGCAGAUGCAUCCCCUCUUCUGGAUUUUAAUUCCUGGGGUGAUACAUUGGACAGUCCCUAUUCCCAGGAUAUAAUAAUUCCUAAAGGAAUUGAGCGAGAUAGUAUGAGAAAUUAA